CGAGCGGAGGUCCUCGCCUCUUCCCCCGAGUUCGGUGCACCGCUGCUCCCGUGCCGCGGGUGAUCCAAAAAGAGGGGCGGUGAACGUCGGAACCCUACAGUUACCAAUUCUCUCAGAUCAAUUUCCCUCCCCGAUUCAAACCAAAAUUCUCUCCUCGCCGAAGAAAUCCGCCAUCUAGUGUUUCCUGCACCCGAUCUCUCUGGCUCUGGGGCUUCGAUUCGUUGUACGGAUCGCGAGAAAUGGUGCUCAUCGCGGAGAUAUUGGACGACGCGGCGAACGAUGAGGAGGGAAGGAGUUCCAAGGAGCGAGGAGGAGGAGGAACGUCGGAAGAGGCGAAGGAGAACUGCGAUAAUCCCAAGCCCUCUUCGGAUAAGCCCGAGGUGGUUGUGCCCACUUCGGAGAACGAAACCGAGACGAAGGAACCCACCGCUAUUGAUGAUAGCCCUAAUCUAUGUCACGCUCCCUCAGCGGCGGAGACCUCCUCCUCCUCCGCACCAGCAACUGGGCCGCCGCCGGAGCAGCCGCUCUACAACGAGUACGCGCUCCGCGUCGCCUACAUCAUGCGGAGCUACCUCUCCAUGCGCCAACCGAACUUCACCGACGCCGCUGCUGCAUCCGGCGGUGUGGGCCCCUCCUCGGCCGCUGACGCCGCAACCGGUUCAUCCGACCGGUGCAAGGCGAUGAUGGAGGUGGUGUUGAAGGAGCAUGGCAGAUGGGCGGUGUCGAAGCUCGUGGCGGAGCACAAUCAUCCCCUGUUGCCUCCCCCGGAGGGUUGCGUUAGCGCGCCGGCCGUGCCGGUUAUGGGAAUGGAGUUUGAGUCGGCGGAGGCCGCGAAGGCUUUCUAUUACGGGUACGGCGAGAGCUCCGGGUUCAAGGCUCGGACUGGCUCCAACCGGCGGUCGUCGGGCAGCGGGGCGCUCAUCAUGCAGAGGUUCUUGUGUUGGAGAGGGAGCUAUCUUAUGUACAGAAACAAUCAGGGUACUUUCACAGGGAAGCGGAAGAGGGGGCCGUACAAAAAGAGAGCGCUUAAGGCAGCGCAGGAGACAGCAGCAAGUGAAAGAGAUGGGGACGUUACGAAUGGAGCUGCGAGUAAUGGUCUCAUCGAAGAGUUGCAGAGUAGUCCUACUUUAAAUGAUUCAUUGGCUGCUGGAGAGGGUGCAGGGGCGAAAGCAGCUGCAGCUUCGGCUGUCGGUUUAGAGACCGCGAGCGCUGAAGUGAAGGAUGAUUGGAAAGGGAAGGACGACGCGAAGGCGAUUCCUGCUGCCAAUACUUCGCAAUCGCGGUUGCUGAGGGAGCUUGGUGUGAGAGUGUCGCGCUACACCAAUGAAGAAAGGAGAAACAUAAUUCUUAAGUACAUGAUGAAAAGGAAUAAUAGGCCAGGUGUUGAAAGGCCUUCCAAGGUCCCCUCACGGCAAGCUUUGGCGAGAAGACGUCAGCGAGGUAGUGGUGGAAGAUUUCUUAGCACAGGAGAACCGAAGGUUCCAACGCGGCAACCUUUAUCUGAAAGGCGCCAGCGAGGCGCUGGAAGAUAUCUUAGUAGGGCAAAAGCGCAGGUCCCAGCGGAUAAAGCAUUGGAUGAAAGGCACCAGCAAGGUAGCGACGGGAGCUUUCUUGGUGGAAGAGAAUCACAGAUCCCAUUAGAUCAUGCAUUGGCUGAAGGGCGUCAACAAGGAAGGGUUGGAAAAAUUCUUGGUGAGGGAGAAUCACAGACUUCAAGUAAAGUGGGUGAAGUGACAGAAUCAGAGGCCGAUGCCGCAGCUGAAAUUUCUACAGAUACCGGAGGAGAGCCAAAAGUCGGAAUGGUCUUCUUAAACGAAGACAAGGCGUAUGAGUUCUAUGUUCGAUAUGCCACAACUGUUGGGUUCAACAUUCGAAAAGGUUGGUGGGACAAAACUGCUCGUAAUGUCACAAGAUCGAGAGUUUAUGUAUGCUCAAGAGAAGGGUUCCGCCCUAAGAAUAUUACAACCGAUACAAAGAAGCCACGACCCGAAACACGAACCGGUUGCCAAGCUCGGAUGGCAAUUCGAAUCACAUCUAGUGGUAAAUACAGCGUGAGUGAAUUCAUAGCUGAUCAUAAUCACGAGCUUGCUCCUUCAUUGGAUAUUCAAAUGCUAAGAUCACAAAAGAUUUCAGGAAGGGUACAGAGAGCUAACCGAAGGAAUGCCAGUUUAAUACCUGCUGAUUAUAAAAAUUACCUCAGGUCAAAGCGCACAAAGAACAUGCAGUUGGGUGACGCAGGAGCUGUAUGCGAGUACCUACAAAAGAUGAAGGGUGAAAACCCUGCAUUUUUUUAUGCUAUACAAGUUGACGAAGAUGAUCAAUUGACUAAUAUAUUCUGGUCAGAUGCAAAAUCCAGGAUGGACUACUGUUAUUUCGGUGAUGUAGUAUGUUUCGACUCGAGUUAUAGGAUAAAUGACUAUGGUAGGCCUUUUGCUUUAUUUAUUGGUGUCAAUCAUCACAAGCAAACCAUAGUAUUUGGUACAGCAUUGCUGUACGAUGAGACUGUAGAAUCUUUCAAAUGGCUAUUUGAAACUUUCAAGAAUGCUAUGGGUGGAAAACAGCCGAAAACAAUUUUGAGCGAUCAGUCGACAGCUAUAGCAGAGGCAAUUGGUGCCGUAUGGCCCGGAAGUGCUCAUCGUCUGUGUGUAUGGCAUAUUUAUCAAAAUGCCACUAAGCACUUGAAUCAUAUUUUCGAAAGCUCUGAAAGUUUUGCACAUGAUUUUAGCAAAUUAUUAUAUGACUUUGAGGAGGAGGAAGAGUUUGUACUAGCAUGGGAGUCAUUAGCUGAAAAGUAUGAUCUAAAAAACAACGAAUGGUUCUGUCAAUUGAAUGAAGAAAGAGAAAAAUGGGCUUUGGUGUAUGGGCGCGAGACAUUUUGCGCAGAUAUUGAAAGCAUUCUUCAAAGGGAAAAUAUGCAGAUCUUGCUAAAAGAGUACUUGAAACCUGAGAUAGAUAUUCCUAGUUUUGUCAAACAGCUUGACAAAUUAGUGGAGGAGAAACGCUAUGCUGAGCUACUAGCUGAUUAUCAUGCAAAUCAAGGGAUCUCUAGAAUACCCCCAUUGCGAUUGCUUUGGCAAGCUGCCACUGCAUAUACUCCCUCGAUCUUUGAACAAUUUAGAAUGGAGUUUGAAUUGUUCUUGGGUUGUAUGGUAUACUGUUGUGGUGAGGUCGGUUCGGUGUCUGAGUAUCAAGUUACCAUCAAGGAGAAGCCGAGAGGUCAUUUUGUCAGAUAUGAUUCAUCAGACUUUACUAUUUUUUGCAGCUGUAAAAAGUUUGAAUCCAUUGGUGUUCCAUGUUGUCAUAUGCUGAAAGUACUUGAUUUUAGAAAUAUUAAGGAACUCCCACCGCACUACAUCUUAAAAAGAUGGAGGAAGGAUGCUAAGAACGGAUCUCCACGAGAAAAUGAUGUCUUUGCCCUCGACGAUGAUGCAAAAUCUUCUCUCUCGAAACGUUACGGUUCGCUGUUGCGGAUAUUGUACAGAAUUGCUUAUAGAGCAGCAGAAACCAUGGAUACUUAUGCUUUUAUGGAAAGCCAGUCAGAUCAGCUAUUGGAACAGGUUGAGAAUAUCUUGCAAACAAGAUUAAAUGCUGUCUCAAAGGGCCAACAGCAGACUUUGGUUCAAAAUGAAGGCAAUAUAAAUGAAUUUUCUCGGAAGGCAAGUAGGAAGAAGAAUAAAAAUGGGGAAGAUCGUUGUAGGCAUCAGAAUCCAUUAGAAUCAAAUAAACGACAAAAAGGAAGACAAGGAGUAUAUGAUGAGGCUAAUGGUGUUAGGGGUGAUGAACCAUCUGCAGCCUUACCUGACAUUCCAGCACAUCCCAGGAAUCCACCUAAUCAAUUCCUUUCAUCAAGCCAAUUCAUGCAGACACCAUAUGUUCCUAGCCAUCAAUUUGGACUCGGGCCUGUGCAGGGAAUUCACGAAAUGACACAAUUUAGUCAGGAAUCAUCAUCUGCUGCUUUACCACCACAACCAUUUCAUAGCAGCAGUCAAUUGACCCAGGAUCAUAUUCAGAAUGCCGUGCAGGGUUGUCCAGCUCCAGAUGUGCAUUCUUUGCAAUUUGUUGCUAGCAAUCCCCAAUUGGGCGAGCAGAGCACCGACCAACGCCACUGUACAAUACCACUAUGGGAUUUUCUGUGAUAUCGACAUCCGAUUGAGGACUAAAGGUGGAUGUUAAUGAGAACCCCAAAACCUCAAUUGUUUAUUAGGAGAUGUCUGGUACUGUAAUUAUUUGUUUCUACUGACAAAGCUACAAAGAAGCAGAUGGAUCCCAUGAGGACUUAUUUUUCCGUGCCUAUGAAAAUGUGCUCCAUGCGUGAAACACCAUAUGCUGAUCAACAUAUGGGAGAAUAUACUCUUAAUGGAUCUUGCACAGUUGCACCUUCAGCAUCUGAUAUGAUUAGAAUUGAUGAAAUGUGCAGUUCAUAACUUCAUUAGAAAUAUAGAGUGACGAACACAACAAGCAGUGGGAAUUGGCAAUUGGUGAAAACAGUAGUGAUGACUUGUUAACAUUUAUAGAUGCUCUAUGGCUGAUGAAAAUUCAGUAAUUAGUUUGGUAUUGCCAUCAACAGAAGCGAUUUGAAGGAUCUUAUAUUGAAAGCGAGAAAUUGAUCAUUGCUUUGUCCUUGGUGUAAUCUCCUGAUCUCUGUGGAUUGAGUAAGCAUUUUUUGAAGGUUCUGAUAUAUAAUUUGUUAAAAAGGAUACCCUUUUGUGUCUUCAAGGCGCUUCGUGUAAACAUAGGUUGCUUCCUGUAAUGAAAGGUAUGUAUACAAGCAAAGGCUCUGAUGUAUACAAGGAUUCAUGGUGGAAUGAAAGGUAUUAAUGCAACAAUCUUGUAUAGUUGCUGGUUUAAUUUUGCAUCUCUGCUGACUUACUAAGUAGGAUUUUCUUUUUUUCCUCUCUUUUUGAGUAAGAUUAGAGGCUUUUUUGAAAGUUGAUCUUUUCUUGUUUGUCUGGUAUUGUAUUACCAUGUUGUAAGACAAGUGGAUCAUAGAAUUAAAUCGUGAAUUGUCGAGGAGCUAUUCUUAUGUUUGUCA